AUGGAUUCUAUUGACCCAAUCGACGACCCCAGAGGCUACAGAGUCGUCUGUCCCGACCUCAUGGGAUUCGGCCGCACCGACGCCCCCCAAAUCAACCAAGCAUCGGACAUGGCUUACUACAGCUUCAAGCGCGCUGCUGAUGACAUCAUGGAGUUAGCUAAGCAGUUGGGCUGUGAGACCAUCAUCCUGGGAGGGCAUGAUUGGGGAGGAGCCAUCGCCUACCGAACCGCACUCUGGCACCCCAAACUCGUCUCGCGCCUCUUCGCCGUCUGCACGCCCUACUGGCCCCCCAGCAAGACAUACACGCCCCUUGAGACCAUGGUGCGAACGCGCAUGCCGAACUGGGGAUAUCAACUGCAUCUCGCGAGCGGCGAGGUCGAAGAACGCAUCAGGUCCAAGGCGCAAAUCGAGCAGUUUCUGAAUUCCGUCUACGGGGGUCAAGGACCGGACGGAGAGGCCGGCUUCAGUCACACGGAGGGACCUCUGUAUGAGAAUCUGCCGAGGUUGAAUAGGACGCCGUUGGUGGGGAAGGAGCUGUUGGAGUUCUACGCGGCGGAACUUGAGAAGAAGACUGUCGAUAUACCGGUCUUGUUCAUCCAGGCGACCAACGAUGCAGCAUUGCCACCGAGUUUGUCUGACGGUAUGGAGCGAUUUGUUCCGGAUUUGACGAGGAAGGAGGUGGAGGCUAGCCAUUGGGCUUUGUGGCAGAAGCCGGUGGAAGUCAACGGGAUGGUUAGGGAAUGGCUUGAGCGGGCGGAGAAGACGAAAAGUAGUUUGUGA